AUGAUAGCUACACAGGCAGCAAUCCCUGUGCCGGUACCUGCACCUUCGCCAGUGCCGCUCAAGCCUUCCUCGACUGUUCUGCCAGCCACUGUCCCCGAGAACGCUCCUGAUCACUGCCCUGGAGUGGAAUCGACCAAUGCAGGAAAGUCCGAUGCGUGCGAAGGCUGCCCUAAUCAGUCGGUGUGCGCGGAGGGGCCGAAGGGCCCUGACCCGGAUCUGCCAUUGAUCCGCGAGAGGAUGAGCAACGUGAAGCGCAAAGUUUUGGUUCUUUCCGGAAAAGGAGGAGUAGGGAAGAGCACAUUCUCUGCAGGCCUCAGUUGGGCACUGGCAGCGGACGAAGAGUGUCAGACAGGAAUCAUGGACAUUGACAUCUGCGGUCCCUCUAUCCCUCUUCUGAUGGGCCUUCAGUCCUCGACUAUACACACUUCUUCAUCUGGAUGGUCUCCUGCCUAUGCGCUAGACAAUCUGGCUGUCAUGUCUAUCGGAUUUCUUCUUCCUUCCACUUCGGAUGCCGUCAUCUGGCGAGGACCGAAAAAGAACGGGCUUAUCAAGCAGUUCUUGAAGGAUGUGGAAUGGGGUGACUUGGACUACAUGGUGAUCGAUACUCCUCCUGGUACGAGCGAUGAGCAUCUCUCUAUCGUCCAAUACCUGAAAGAGGCCGGCAUAGACGGCGCUGUCCUAGUCACAACGCCGCAGGAGGUGGCAUUGCAGGAUGUCAGGAAGGAGAUUGAUUUUUGCCGAAAGGUCGGUAUCCCCAUUCUUGGCAUGGUCGAAAACAUGUCUGGAUUUGUUUGUCCCAACUGCAAAAACGAGAGUCAGAUCUUUGCCCCAACCACAGGAGGAGCGGAAGCGAUGGGGAAGGAGUUGGGGAUCGAAAUACUGGGCAAGGUCCCCUUGGAUCCGCGCAUUGGGAUGACUUGUGAUGAAGGGUUAAGUUUCUUGGACGAAUAUCCUGAUAGCCCGGCGACUACGGCUUACCUAGAUAUCGUGCAAAGGAUACGGGAGAUAUUGGGAGACGAGUAG